AACAGAAGACACCAACCAAUCCAAACUCCAAAAUUGAUUUCCAAAGGGCCAUAUAAAGAUGAGGUCUUUUUGGAUUUUGGACACACAAAGUAUAUGCCCCUGGCAUCUCCUUCUUAUCCCCUUUCCUUUCCUCUCCCCUUUUAAAAGACAAAAACAAACACAUUUCUCAUUUUUGUGUUUAGCUUAUUAUAGCUAUCAUGGCUAUGGCUAACACUGCUCCUCCAACAAAUACCUUUUAUUUCCUUCAUCAUAAAACCAGCACCAUCACCACUGCAUUCCUCUCCACUCCCACUUCCAAAACGCUCCCUUUCACCUUCUUUAGUAGUAAACCUCCUCUUCUGCUUUCUUCUUCUUCUUCUUCGCCACGUUCUUCUUUCCAUAUCACGCGCGUAACCACCGUUCCACUAGACUACGCGCCACCUGCUCCUGACUCUGAUAAUAAUAACAAUAGUAAUAAUGAUAAUGACAUUAGCAGUUUCCAUCAAGAAAUUUCCCGCCUUAAAUCACUCCGGUCAAACCUCGUUGACUCGAAAUCGUUUAACCAAAAGCUAUCAGUUCUUGAUUCUGACUCGCGAGUUGUUUCCUUCUUCAAUUCGCAUCAUAAAAACAGAGUUUCUAGAGUUUUUAACUCUCUUAAUGUAGGCUUUCAUGAGUUAUAUUUGCUCAAGUGUUUAGUUGCUGCUGGUCAACAGCAUGUAAUUAGUUUAGGGAUUGAGUUCAGUGAGAUGGAGACAGCUAGGAGUACGCUCAAAAGUGCAUUUUAUGCAUUAGUGGAUAUGAUUGAGAGGUUUGAUUUUGGUAAUGGUUUGCAUAAGAGUAACAAUUUGGACUUGAAAGAAGAGGAAUUUGAGGAUUUGAGAAAGUUAUUAAAAACUUUGGAUGAGAUUGAACGGUUUUAUGAUUGCAUUGGAGGUAUCAUUGGAUAUCAGAUAAUGGUGCUGGAGCUUCUUGCCCAGUCAACUUCUGACAAGCAAACUACGAAUUGGUCCCGACAUAUACAAGAAUCAAUGGAAUGCCAGUUCUUAGAAAUUCAUACACCUAAUGUUGUUGACCUUUCAGAAAAUGCUGAAUAUGCAUGUCAAGCAGCUCUAUGGGGAGUUGAGGGUUUGCCAGAUUUAGGAGAAAUCUAUCCUCUGGGCGGUUCUGCAGACCGGCUUGGUUUGGUUGAUCCAGACACAGGUGAAUGUCUUCCUGCUGCUAUGCUUCCUUAUUGUGGACGGACUUUAUUGGAAGGUCUUGUAAGAGAUCUUCAGGCUAGGGAAUUUUUGUACUUCAAGUUGUAUGGAAAACAGAGUAUCACCCCUGUUGCAAUCAUGACAAGUUCUGCUAAGAAUAAUCAUAAGCAUAUUACUUCUCUUUGUGAAAGACUUUGUUGGUUUGGAAGAGGUCGAUCCAGUUUCAAACUUUUUGAGCAGCCGCUUGUUCCUGCUGUUGAUGCGGAGGAUGGACAAUGGUUGAUCACAAAACCAUUUGCACCUGUUUCCAAGCCUGGUGGACAUGGUGUUAUUUGGAAGCUUGCUUCUGACAAAGGUGUCUUUGAAUGGUUUUAUGCACAUGGAAGAAAAGGUGCAACUGUUCGACAAGUGAGUAAUGUUGUGGCUGCUACAGACCUGACCCUUUUGGCAUUGGCAGGGAUUGGUUUACGCCAUGGGAAGAAACUGGGCUUUGCAUCUUGUAAGCGUAACUCAGGGGCUACAGAAGGGAUUAAUGUCCUUGUUGAGAAGAAGACUCUUGAUGGAAAGUGGGCUUAUGGUGUGUCAUGCAUUGAGUACACAGAGUUUGAGAAGUUCGGAAUCCCAAGUGGAUCUUGUUCUUCUAACAGUUUGCAGGCUGAGUUCCCUGCCAAUACAAAUAUUCUAUAUGUGGAUUUAUCAUCAGUGGAGUCAAUUGCAUCAAGUAAUUCUGAAAAAAGUUUACCGGGCAUGGUACUCAAUACAAAAAAGCCGGUCAUGUAUAUGGAUCAUUUUGGGAACCGACACAGCAUCUCUGGUGGCCGGCUGGAAUGCACAAUGCAAAAUAUUGCAGAUAAUUUUUUAAAUACCUAUUUCUCCAGAUGUUACCAGGGCGUUGAAGAUAAUCUGGAUACUUUUAUUGUGUAUAAUGAACGAAGAAGGGUUACAUCAUCUGCUAAGAAGAAGAGACGACAUGGAGACAAUUCUUUGCACCAGACCCCAGAUGGUUCACUGCUGGAUAUCUUGCGGAAUGCCUGUGAUCUUCUUUCCCAUUGUGAUAUUGAACUUCCAGAGAUUGAAGGUAACAACAGAUAUGUUGAUUCUGGACCUCCAUUUCUAAUCUUUCUGCAUCCUGCUCUUGGCCCACUUUGGGAGGUCACAAGACAAAAGUUUAGUGGAGGGUCCAUUUCCAGAGGCUCUGAGCUACAGGUUGAGGUUGCAGAGUUCUUGUGGAGGAACGUUGAGCUUGAUGGGAGCUUAAUUGUUAUUGCUGAAAAUGCCAUGGGGUCAACCAGGAUCCAUUCAAAUGGUGAGCCCAUAUUGCAGUAUGGGCACAGGUGUGGAAGAUGUAAACUGCAAAAUAUCAAAGUUCUUAAUCAAGGGAUAAACUGGAGUUCUGGAGAAAAUGUGUACUGGAAACACAAUGUACAGCGGUUCGAGGCAUUUAAAAUUAUUCUGCAUGGAAAUGCAGAAUUUGAGGCUAGCAACGUUACCAUAGAGGGAAAUCAAGUAUUUGAAGUUCCAGAUGGCUACAAAAUGAAGAUCACAUCAGGAUAUUCAGGCUUGGAUGUCCAGCUUAACACCAUAGAACCGAUUAUGAUGGAUUCCGGAAGCUGGUUCUGGAACUACAAGCUAAACGGCACACACAUUCUGUUGGAGUUGGUGGAGUUGUAAUACAUAUAUACCUUUAACAUUGUUAUGUGAAUCAUUGUUCACAAUUUGCACCCGGAGCUCAUGUUUGCAUUAUGAUUGGUUGUAACAUAAGUUAAGCCAUAUAUAUCUAGAAAUGUUUUUUUUUUUUUUUGUACAAAUAUGUUAAGUUAGAGCCUUGUAAAAUCUCUAUGAUCCCGGCUAGCUCGUAUAAUUUUUUUUCCUUCUGGUUGGAGCUAUCAAUGUAAAUCCAGUAUAGGAACACUGUAAACGGUUGAAGCAAUAAAAAUUAUGCAUUUCCUUUUGUUCCUGAA